AUGGAAGAGGCUCGACGGGCCCGCUAUCCGGUAUAUCGUUGCCUGCGCCUGCAAGCCCUGCACCUCCCCUCGUCGGCCCCGCCGACGGCGGUUGCCUCUUCCGCCCCGCCGACUUCUCCUCGGAAAGCUCCUCCGCCUCCUUCCCAAGUGCGGCCCCGCCUUUCACCUCCCCUGCAUCGUUACCUGGCUCCGCUCCCACCUCAACUUCCCCCCGCUGCCGUGGGCUCCCCCAUCGUCGCCCCGGUUACCACUGCUGCCGCUGCUCUCCCUUCUCCUCCUCUUCCUCCUUCUUUUUCUUCCCUCGCCUCCGCCACCGAUCUGGUGGACGCCAAUUCAAGUUCCUCUCCUCUGGCGGAGGAUACAGAUCGCUGCCUGCUAUCGGAUACCAAUCGAGUGGAACAUGAAGAGGAAACAAAAAGCGGAGUGACAGAAACUGGAAAUAGAACUGCGAUUGACACAAUAGCGGUGUCUUCUUCUACGUCGCCAAGCUCGCAGUUUUGGGUGCCAAGUGAUCUGGGGGAAGAUGGGUUGCAACUGGUUCGCAGUCGGUCUUCAUGGACUCAUCCUCCCUUGCCGCUCCCCUCCUCAAGGCAGAUAAGGAGGAAGGAUCCAGAGAGGAGAGAAAAGACUCUGACUUUGAAGAAGAAAGCACUAGGAACAGGGAAAGCAGGGGAAUGCUUCAAAGGGAGCCUCUCAGCAGAAGGAUCCUCAAGAAAUGUAAAGAUCUCUAUCAAGCAGCGGCAGGGUUUCUUGUUGUCGAGACAUGAACGAGGCCGGAGUGCAGUUCUUCCAUGGUACUGGAUAAGCUACUCUUAUGGUUGCGAGCAGAACUUUUGAGUGUCUUGUAGCAGUUUCCUGAAUGAAUGUGUGGUUUUAUUCAGAUGAACCAGCUCUAUCUCUCUUGGAAUUGGUAAGUUAAUUUUGAAGUCGGCGAAGGCUCUUUAUUUUGCAUUAUAGACACGCUUCAUUGUGCUGAUAUGAUAUGAAUGAAUGAAGGAUCUGUGCCGGCCUUCCUUAUAUGCUUGCCUUCUUGAUCAUAGUUAACUAGUGAUGGGCACAAUUUUGGAGGCUCUGAUGUUCUGUUAGCAGAUAUGCCAUAUGUUAUUUCCAUGCAUAUGACCAAGCAAUAAGAAUGCUGAUCUAGACUAUGAAAGUAAAGCAAUUUA